CGCCCAGCAGCUGCCGCCGGGGAUGUUUGCAGAUUACGUCAGCGCUGGCGAGCAGGGGGUGCGGGGACAGCGAGGGGGGCGGGCUCCCGGCGGCCUCCCGCCCCCCAGGCCCCUGGACAAUGCUGUCAUUGUCAACACAGAGAGUGGUUAAUUCUGGAUGAAUGGUACACGGGCCUCUUGACCAAGGAGGCUGCUUGUCGUCCCCAGUCUGUCCUCUCACAUGCCAGGGAGGCCCCGGGCUGGAGUCUGGCGGGCAGAUCUGGCCUGCUUGGUGGCACUGAAGAGAACAGGGCGGUCCCUUGGGGGCGCCGGCUGCAGAGGCCUCAGGCUGGACGAAGCUUCCUGACCUGGGUCUGCACAGCAGCCACUUGGCAGUGCCGGGCUAGGGUGGCAGGGACCCACUGCAUCUCAGUUCCAGGGCAGAGGCUGCUGCUGCCCUUUGGGGCUGACCUCAGGCAUGACCUCCUGGCCAGGGGGCAGCUUUGGCCCUGACCCGCUCCUGGCCCUGCUGAUGGUGAUCCUGCUAGCACGCCUCAUCCUGUGGUCCUGCCUCGGGACCUACAUCGACUACAGACUGGCCCAGCGGCGGCCCCAGAAACCCAAGCAGGACUAGGCCUCUGCAGGCUGCGGCCUCCACGCGCCCUGUCCCGAGACUCAGCCGGCCAUUCCAGUGGUGGUGGGAGGGAGGGGAGCAGGGCAGGUGCAUGACCCGCAUGUCCCACCCCUGGGGCGGGAGCUCAGAGAGGCCUGAGAUGGAUCGUGCCUGCCCAGACUGACCGGGGCUGUCCUGUAGAGGCAGUUGGCCAUGUGGGGAGACGGAGGGGCCGGCCUUGCAGGUCCAUCACCAGGUUCUGGGGUCCCCGGUUGCAGGGAGUGGUCCUGGGGGUGGGUCUUGCUUUAAGACCUUCUCUGCCUCCAAUUCCUUAUAAAUAUGCCUGCAGGAAGAGCUGGGUAAGCCAGAGGACUCAGGUGGAGGGGCCACAAAGACAAAUGUGACCUCAUCACAAGCUGGCCCUGUUACCAAAGGCCAUGUCCUGUCUCAGCUCACCACCCUUGUAACUAGUCUCCUCCUGCCUCCCAAGGGACGAGAUAAGUGCUGAUGGCUGUCUUGGUUUCUCCAGAGCAGACCCCUGGGAAGGGUCUCAAGAUGCACUUGUGAGGCUGAGUUGACCAGCCAGACGCACUUGGCUCUGGUUGACCCUCUACAUACUCUCUAACGGUCUGAACAGUUAGGGCACAAUGAUCCCUGCCUCCCUCCCUCAGCAGGACAUCAUGUAGGGGACAAUUUAGGGGACAAGCCAAGGGAUCCACCAAUGCCCUCUGUUCAUCUGUUCCUGCAAGUGUGUGGCUGGGAUUUGCCCAGGAAGGCUGACAGGGCAGGGAAGUUGAUUUGAGGCCAAGCAUCCAAUGCUCCUGCUCCACCUCCCUAGCACAUUAGCCGUGAUGCCAGUGACUUAACCUACAGCUUGGGGAAGCUCAGAGGCUCCACAUUCGACCCUCUUGGGGGAAAUUCGGCAAACAGCCAUGUCCAAGCUCCGCACUGUAUUUCCUGGGAUCGUUCCAGCAGAUUGUGGAUUGCAGCGAGGGCUGCUGACUACAUGCGGAACUGUGAGAUGGAAAGGACGAUGGGCGGCAGCUCCAGGGAGGAGCAUCGAACCAGAUAUCAUCCCUGGGAGGCUGGGCCUGGUGAUGUGGCAGCGUCUUGCUCCCUGAGAGGUGAUGGGUGUGCUAGGGACGCUCGCUCAGGGAACAUGGGCCAAGUCCCCUGAACACGAAGCUCGCAGAGGGGGUGAUUCCUGUGAAUUCUGAAAGGACUUGGGGGCAUCCAGCAAGAGCAGGAGCUUAGAUGGUGGUUCCAGGGCUGGUGUUGCUGACUGGGGCGAGUGGCUCCCCAGGGUGGGCAUGGAGUGGGGCACUGGCUGGGAACCUCUGCCUUGCUGUAUCCUGGCUGAAUGACCCCAGGUGAGGACCAGAAACACUGUUGUCACUGUUUCUGCGACACUCGAUACACUCACCUAUGCCAAGGAAAUUUUUUUUUUUUUGGUUUCUGCAGGACUUGCUGUGCUCAGAUCCUCCAUUCAGGAGAGCUACAGACAUGGGGGUGCUGGUGAGCAGGAGCUGAGACCGUCUGGGGUGGGACCGACCAAGAGUUUGAGGUGUCCAGGGGGCGACGUGAAGAUGACCUAUCGCAGAGGGUCCCUUCUCAUUCACGCCCUGAAGUCUGCACAGGGGCAGGGGCUACCGUGCUGCAUUUCAGUUUGGCCUCUGUUGUAUCAGCCAGAGGCCAGCAGAACUCUAUGGUCACCCCCCCGUGUCACGGACAAUUUGCCACCCCCAGCGGCAGCCCAGGGCUCUGCCUGAAUAUUCUCCCCUGAUCGUAGGAUUGUGGGGAGGGAUGUUCUCAUUGAUCUCUAAGGAAAAUAUUGUUCGCUUUUUAAAAACAUGAUCUUGUACAAUUUUAUUGAUCUCUUUAAGGAAGAAAAAUCACAUCAUUGUUGUGAGCAUGUACCGACGGAGCUAGGAGGGCCAGGUGUUCCGGGUUGCCCAGGGCUGUCUUGGUUUUAAAAUGGAAAGUUCGAUGUCCUGGAAAACCCCUCAGUCCUGGGCAAACCAGGUCACGCUGGAUGGAAGGAGUUAGACAUUCAUACGAUGUGCCGAUGUCUUGCCAGUUGUAGAGUUUUGUGUAAACCUGUGUGUGGCCUGCGUGUCCACGUGGGUAUGUAGGAUGGCACCUACACACAUACCUGAGGUUACCUCUUGGUCCAGUGAGCCAGAAUCCUGUGACUUCAUCAUCUUUGUCUUCGUUUUUUUUUUUUUUUUUUGAGAUGGAAUCUCACUCUGUCACCCAGGCUGGAGGGCAGUGGCGCAAUCUUGGCUCACUGCAACCUCUGCCUCUGGGGCUCAAGCGAUUCUCCUGCCUCAGCCUCCCGAGUAGCUAGGAUUACAGGCGUGUGCCACCACGCCCUGCUGAUUUUUGUAUUUUUUAUUAGAGAUGGGGUUUCACUAUGUUGGCCAGGCUGGUCUCGAACUCCUGACCUCAAGUGAUCUGCCUGCCUUGGCCUCCCAAAAUGCUGGGGUUACAGGCAUGAGCUACCGUGCCCGGCCUCAGAAUCCUGGGACUUCUGCUGGAGCCAGGGGUCAGAACAGACUCCUCUAGUGGGGCUGCCUGGCAGGGAGGACAGAAGCUCAAGGCGGCCCCAUGAGAACGCAGCCACCUGGAAAGAUGGUGGAAGGGAAGAUUCUGCCAACCUCCUCCGACUCCCUAUCUCAGUUACACUGGUCCAUAAUUUCUUUUCUUUUUCUUAAGCCUGUUUCGUUGGUUUCUGUUCCUGGAAAAUGGAUACAAUUCUGAUGAAUUCAUGUAUUCUGCAUCCACGUGUCAGCAUUUCCAGCCUUGUGAUACAGUGCCUGGCUCAGAAUGGGCAGUCAGGCCAUGGCAUCUGAAUGAACGAGAGGGUGUGCCCUGGCCGUAUCUCAGGCAGCAGAUGCAUUCAGCUGCAGGUAACUGACACGUAGACAAACAGUGGCUUAAGAAAGAGAGGCUUUAAAAGUAUUUUGUUUUUUUCUUCACGUAGCAAAAAGUCUGGCAUUUGGCAUUCUCAGGCUGUGGCGUGACAGCUUCAUGAAGUUAUCAGGGUCUCAGACCCUGCCAUAUUUCUGCUCUGCCACCCUCAGCAUGUAGAUUUGAUUUUCAUGGCUACAAGAAACCUGCUGCUGCUGCAGGCAUCUUACACGAGUUCCAGGCAGGAAGAAAAAGGAAAGGGUGACAGAGACAGAAAGCAGUGUCCCCAGAUACCCUUAGUUUUCCAUCUCAUAAGCCAGAAUGAUGUCACGUGGCAUCCCUGGAUGCACAGGAGGCUGAGAGAUAGUGGCGUUUGUUAGCUGGUCUUGUUGCUGUCCUGAAUGCCAGGUUUGUUAUAAAGAAACAGAGGCAAAAUGGCGAUCAGGCAGGCAACUGGGUGGUCUCUGCCACGGGCCCCUUGGCCAUUUUUUGUAAUGAUGGUCUUUGUCUUGGACUCUAUUUUGGAUAUUUGGGCAUCUUUUGUGGUACCCUUAUGUGCUGGUUUUGCUGUGGUCUGCCCUUCAGGAAUAGCAGCUGAGUCAAGCUGUCUUUGGCUGCUCCAUUCUGGAGUCAGAGGUUGGAGAUUUCCAUGGCUCCCCAUGGCUCCUUGGGGCCUCCUAAGAAAAUGUUUUAAUAAGGAAGUCCAAGGCUGAGACAGACACGCUCCUUCUUAGAGACACAUGGGAACAUGCCUCUGCUCACAGCUGGUAGCCACAGAUGUAAACCGUAGCCCAUGGAACGGAGACAGUGAAGAGUUGAUGGAUAAAUGAAUAAUGAUGAUGGACAGCAGAUGCAUAAAAGACAUAAAAGGAUAGUGUUAGGGCUGGAAUGUCUCCCCCCGAAUUCAUAUGUUGAACCUUUAAUGCCUGAUACUUCAGAAUGAGACUGUAUUUGAAGAUACGGUCUUUACAGAGAUAAUUAAGUUAAAAUAAGGUCAUUAGGGUGAGCCCUAAUCCAAAGGAUGGGUGUCCUAAUCAGAGGAGGAGAUGAGGACCCAGACACACACACACAGAGAGAACCAGGUGAGGACACAGGGAGAAGAUGGCUACGUACAAGCCAAGGUGAGAGGACUCAGGAAGAACCAGCCAACUCCAUCCUGCAAAACUGUGAGAACAUAGAUGUCUGCUGUUUGAGCCACCCCAUCUACAAGCAGUCAGCAAGCAUUCAUUGAGUGCUUGCAGUAUUCAAGGUGCCGCAGAUACAAUGUUGAUAAAGCAAAGCACCUGCCCUCAGGUAGCUGGCAGUCAGGGACGUAAGGGUAGUUGGCAGAGAGACCUGGAAACAGAUUAUUAGACCUGCACUAAGCAUGUGUGGUUAUUGAACAGUAAAAAUGUGGCCACCACAAAUUGCGAUAUGGUGUAAGUAAAAUACGUACUGGCUAUUGAAGACUUGGCACAGAAAAAUAAUGUAAAUCUCAUUAGUAAUGGUUUUAUAUUGAUUAUGCAUUGAAAUGAUACUACUUUGGAUAGAUUGGGUUAAAUAAAAUGUUAAAUUUGA